CCGGCUGGCCUUUUCUGGCAUUUUUGUUGUGUCCAUUGCCGGCACUGUUUUCAUUGUUUCCUAAUAAAAUUACGGCUGGCUGGUGCAGAGAGUCUAUGGCCUUGGCUAGUCCUCUUUUCCUUCCUCUUCACUUCUUUAUUACUCAUUCAUACGUUAAAUUUCAUUGUCCUUUAAUUUCCCUCCAUACCUCAUUCAUUUUUGUUUCAUCUUCACUCUGAAAUUCACACCAAAAUUUUGAGACCAAAGAAUUUUGUUUUUAACAAAAUAUUUUUUUAGAUUAUAAAUUAUUAUUUUUUUGAAAUCUUAAAAAAUGUUACAACAAUUUUAUAUUCACCGCCAAUUUAUUUUACUUCAGAUUAUUGCCUUUCUAUUCUCUCAAUGGAUAACAUCUCCGCUCGUUUACGCAGAUGCAGAAGUUAACCGGCAUCUUUUUUAUGAUACAAGUCAAAUAAAUGAUGGUAACAUCAAAACAUGUAUUACUAAUGCCGUUCAGCGUAUUAAUAAUGAAACUUGUAUUCUUUUGCGAGAACAGCCUUCAGAAUCGAAUACAAUCUUUCGACACAACAAAACUUCAUCCAUUUACUUCUCUCAAAGUGAUCGAGGACUGUGUGGAGUAGAUGCUGAUAAUUCUAGUUUAAUUUAUUUGAACAGGGAAUGUGUGACUAAUGAUCCAAAUGCCUGUAUUCACUUAAUCUCAAAAGCAUUAACUGGCCGUAAAGCGGUAACGGCAAAUGUUUUUUCUCUUCUAAAUGAGCAUUUUGAAUGUAAUGAUCAUUGCCAAAUAAGUUGUUUAAAUGGGGGGAAACUUGAUUUUGGUAAAUGUGAUGAUUGUAAUUGUCCGUUUAAUGGACUUUUUGAGGGGCAAACUUGUGAUGAAUUGGUUAAAUUGGGAGAAUAUACAGACGAGGCUUGCAAAACUUUAAUUGUGGGCACGGAAGAAUGGAAUGGAGAAUUAAAGCUUAAAGCCCCAAUAAACGAAAAAACUUAUUGCCAAAUUAUGUUGGUAGCAGACGAUCCUUGGGCAAAAUUGGAAGUUGAAUUUGCAAGUCUGGAUAUGAGUAGACGUGCUUUUGGGGCUAUUGACUGUCCUGACAGAUUAUAUGUUUAUGGCCUAGAAACAGCUCCAAUGAAAAGCAUAAAAUGCAAUUCUGUGGAUGACACAAAACCUCGAGAGCAUUUCUUCUCAAAAAGCAAUUUUCUCCUCUUUCAAUUAGAGGCCAACCGUUUUGAUAAAAAACCACGUGCUGGGCCUAUUAUUCGUUACACGCUUCGACCUGCAGCUUAUUCUGCUGCAAUUCGCACACAACGCGCCUCAAUCCACUCUCAAAACUAUGCUGACGAGACCAUCGAUAAUGAAAUCGCGGAAGGCUCUUCCGAUUCAAGUUUAGGGUUUUUAAAUGGAAUUGGAGGGACUAAAAUUGCCGUUAUUGCUGUUGUUUUGGCUUGCAUUUCUGCUAUUUUGGUUUUGGCAGCUUUCGCGGCAUUUGGCCGUAGAAGGAGAAUUUUACGCAAUCGACGAUAUCGUCAUCAUCAAAAUAAUGGAAGCAACGGAACUAGCAGCAGCGAUAAAAGACGCAAUUCUUGUGCUUCUUCUGUAAAGUCUGGAGAAAAGGUAACAACAACAAACGAAAUUGAAGAGCCGCCAGCUACAAAUGGAGUCCAUACAACCAACACAACUUCAACAAUUUCUGGAGUUUCUGGGGGAGGAGGGGGUGUUGCUAAUUUGUAAAAAGUAAUAAAAAGGGAAAGAAAAAAAUGAUUUUUUUAAAAUAAUUAUUUAAAAAUGUUUUUCCUCAAUUUCUAUGCAGGAAUUUUUUAACCUUCAAAUUUUAACAAUUUUUUUUUGAUUUAAAAAAAAUUUUUUUUGAUUUUUGAUUUUUUUUUUCAUUAAAUUCUUUCAUUUUUUAGUAAAUAAUUAGAGGCCAGAUUGGGAGAGUCAUGCGAAAACCGGGAUUUUUUAUCAAAAUCUUGUCUCGAUCUGGUCUCUAGCAAUAAUUUCCCUCAGGCAUAUAUUUUUCUAAGCUUUCUCUUUCUUAAUUUAAAAAUCCUUUUUUUCCAUUUUCAAUGUA